CUCGAACUCCUGAUCUCAGGUGAUCUGCCCUCCUCAGCCUCCCGAAGUGCUGGGAUAAUAGGCAUGAGACACUGCCUGGCCUUCCUCUUAUUUUUAUUCGUAGAUAUAGUUCUUGAACACUUCCAGAAUGUUAUAUAAUUCCUGUAUAAAUGGUAUCACUUUACAUACAAGAUUCUACAGGUUGCGAUUUUCCACUCAGUGUUUGUGGUUUGCUGUCAGAUCACAUUAAUCACUAUCUCUCAUUGCGUGAGUAGCCCUGGGUUUUUAUCCUUUUCCUUGCUGGUAGGCAUUUUGGUUAUCUCUGCUGUGCAUUUACUGCUCUUUGUGGAAUGCAGUUCUGGUUUUGUCGAACUGUUCAUCAGCCAGGUACUCAGUGAUCAGUUAUGGCGGGACAGGCCAGGGCUGUCACUGAUAAUCCCCUAGGUUCGCAGUAUACAGCCAAGAUCAGCAACCUAAAAAUAGCAGUUCUUACAUAAGGCGGUGUGGGCAGCACUUCUCAGGACACUUGUGAUUUGCAGGGACAAGUGGCAUGGGACUCGAGGGGCACAGCCUCCCCUCUUGCGCAAUGAUCCAGGCCCCGCACUGGGGCCCCACUCUGGCUUCCUACAGGUGCCCAGGCUCAGAACGGCAGCUCGGUGACCCAGAAACACUCGGGCUGGAGACGAUGGUGGACCACUUGGCCAACACGGAGAUCAACAGCCAGCGCAUCGCAGCUGUGGAGAGCUGCUUCGGGGCCUCGGGGCAGCCGCUGGCGCUGCUGGGCCGGGUGCUGCUGGGCGAGGGUGUGCUGACCAAGGAGUGCCGCAAGAAGGCCAAGCCGCGCAUCUUCUUCCUCUUCAAUGACAUCCUGGUGUACGGCAGCAUCGUGCUCAACAAGCGCAAGUACCGCAGCCAGCACAUCAUCCCCCUGGAGGAGGUGACGCUGGAGCUGCUGCCCGAGACGCUGCAGGCCAAGAACCGCUGGAUGAUCAAGACGGCCAAGAAGUCCUUUGUGGUGUCGGCCGCCUCCGCCACGGAGCGCCAGGAGUGGAUCAGCCACAUCGAGGAGUGCGUGCGGCGGCAGCUGCGGGCCACGGGCCGCUCGCCCAGCACAGAGCACGCGGCGCCCUGGAUCCCCGACAAGGCCACGGACAUCUGCAUGCGCUGCACGCAGACGCGCUUCUCCGCCCUCACGCGGCGCCACCACUGCCGCAAGUGUGGCUUCGUGGUGUGCGCUGAGUGCUCGCGCCAGCGCUUCCUGCUCCCGCGCCUGUCCCCCAAGCCCGUGCGCGUCUGCAGCCUCUGCUACCGCGAGCUGGCCGCCCAGCAGCGGCAGGAGGAGGCGGAGGAGCAGGGCGCGGGGUCCCCGGGGCAGCAGGCCCACCUGACCCGGGCCAUCUGCGGAGCAUCCAGCGGAGACGACGAUGACUCCGACGAGGACAAGGAGGGCAGCGGGGACGGCGACUGGUCCAGCCGCGUGGAGUUCUACAGCUCAGGUGUGGCCUGGUCUGCCUUCCACAGCUGACCCCCUCGCCUGCAGAGAGUCUGUCCCUGGGCCAGCUCCACUGCCCAGGACUCUGAGCGGGCACAGCGGUGGGGAGUGACUUUCUGGACUCCCAGUGCCUUUUUGCUGGACACCGUGUCUUUCCGGCUCCACUGCAGGUAAUGCCUUUCCCUUCAGAAAGCCCCAGAGCACCCAGACCUCUUGGGAGCAAACGCCACUUCCCAGCUCUGCAGGCUGCAGCGGCAGCUCCAGACAGCCUCCUGAGCUGCACAAUCCCAGGUCCCUAGGCAUCUAGGGACCAGAGUGGGGUUCAGAGCGCAGAGGGAAGACAGGACAGGAGUGUAGCCUUGAGCCACAGAAAGCCACCUCCACCACGACAAGCACACCCCACUGAAGAGCCUGAGUCCUGGAAGGCUUCCGGGAAGCCCAGGCCUGCCAAUCAGACAUGUGGGCUCCCCAAAGCCCAGCCAGAGACUGCCAUGCUGUGGGUGUCACCAGGCCCAGGGACUGCAGCCUGAGCUCCCGGAGGCCCAGGGCAGGCGGGCGAGGACUUCAGCCUGCGUCACCUCUGUCCAGGUGUCCAGGUGUCUCGUGCCUUAUUGUCCCAUCCUCAGCUCUCCCCGCGGCCAGUGAAUCCCGUGUUUUCUGUUAGGACUCAGUUGCAAGAACAGACCCCUGCCCACACUUAAUAAUAAAAAAGAAAGUUUAUGGACUCAGGUGGUUACAAA